AUGGCUACGCCAACUAUGACUUCGCCGCAAGUUAUAUUGAAUGCAAAUCAGAAACAUCAGCCAGAAUCGACACCAAAUACAGCACAUGAGACCAAAAAGAUCAUCUCUAAAAUCCAGAGCGUUUUGACUCAGGCACCCUCUACCACAUUCAAAUUGGCAACAAACCCCGCCAGCAUCUUUCGAUCAUCAUCAAGGGCUACAACUUGGCCAGACCCUCUAGCCUCCAUUGGGGCUGCUAUUGAUACCGGGACAAAGAAAAUGGAUGGACUAAAAGCAUGGUUCACGAAAGGCCCGGCUCGAGAGACUUUUGAAUCCAAGAUCCUUCCUGAGCUUGAGCAUCUCCUGGAGAAUUGCGGCCUUCCUGAAGGAGCCCCUCUCUUUCUCAGGGAUUAUAUGAUCGGACCAUCUGAAAUCAGAGCUGCUCCAACCGUAAUGAUAUGUUGCAUCGAUAAAAACAUCCUUGCCAAAGCUAAGCGGUGCGUGAGCGAAAACGGGGUAGUGAAGAGCCAUGGCUUCAAGUUAGGAUGCAGCGCUCUGUACCUUGAAGCGAGGACAAUGCCAAUUAAAUGCAUGGAGGAGUUGCCUCUAGACGAGGAGAAUGACGAUAUUUCACGCGACUCAAGAUUAGGCUCCACACUCCUUGGACGCCGGGUCUUUUUCAGAAGCGAUGAUAAUGGCAAUCUUCGGGCUGCCACGGGCGGUCCUGUGGUGAUGCUCGGAGGGGACCUGUAUCAACUCACAGUCGCGCACGUCUUAGAAAGAGAGGAUCAGGACUCUAUCCACCGACAAGAGUUAGACCUCGACAGCUUCGAGCUUGAAAGCGACAAUGAGGAACGUGGCUUCGAAUAUGAAGGUGCUACAACAAGCUUGGGAAGCAUUUCUUCAGAUGAAAGCUUGGAUGAGACAGACCCGGAUGAAGAUGGUGAACGUUCCGGAUCGUCUGGUGACAAACUUCACCGGGAUGCUGUAUGUAAACCCGAAUUCCAUCAAGACCAGCGUCUAGAGAAUCAAGCUCUCGACAGUUCUCCCGGCAAGCUGCAAUUGCCGGCGAAACAAGUUUGGCCUGGCAGACAUGUUGAAGAUAAUGCAAUCUGCAGCUCACCCAAGCCGAGUCGUACUCUUGACUAUCUGUUAUUUGCGAUUUCUAAUGAGGAUAAACCCCUCUCCUCAGUUCAAACCAUGAACACAGUCCAUCCCAGGAUGUACAAAUCUGGCAAUGGCUCUGAAAAGGACCACCAGGUGCUUGAGAUUCGACAACCAGCCGCUAUUGGUGAUUCCGAGAAUGAGGUAAUGAUUAUCACAGCGGUAGGUGUAGUUUUGGGUAGACUCAUACCCGGUGCGACAUCGUACCGCCAGCCUGGUAAUACGGAGUUCCGGAGAGUAUACAUCAUUUUUGCUGAAUCCCAAGUGUUUGAAGGGGAUUGUGGUGCCGCUGUUAUCGAUGCAUCAACAGGCUGCUUUUACGGACAGGUCGUCCUUGGUGUUCCUGGGACACCUCUUGCAUAUCUUGUACCCUCUUCGGAAAUACUACAAGAUAUUGAAAAUCAGACCGGCCUGAAGGCUUCUCUAGAUAUGCGCCAACUCCAGAAGGGGUUAAAGAAUGUGUCUCGACUCCCCGGGCCCUCUAUGACCUUCGACCUUGGAGAUGAUUUGGAGUUUGCAGUAUCAGCAUUAGUCAAGAAUAAGACCGAUGAUCAGCCUCGCGAUCCUUUAAUGGAGGGUGAAUACCAAUCGCCAUUCUCGCCAACGAAGGUCCGAUCUUUUGAAAAGACUUCUUUAAGCAGAUGGUUGAAUGAGCCACCCGAGCUACAGGCGGUCUUGAUGGGAGUUAUAGGCGGGACCAAUUCCUCAGGGAACAAUAACGAAGCUACCGCCUCCCAGGGAAUUUCAGAAGAUGCCGUUGUUGCCCCGGAAACUAAAUUGCCAUAA